CUUUUAUUGAUUUGGAUCUUUUUGACUUGUGUUACAAAUGAGUGAGGAGUGCUCUAUUUAUAGGUCUCAUAGGAUUCUUCUAGGCACUCGUAUAUCUUUAGCAUUCUACAAUAUUCUAUAGGAUUCUAGCUUAGGAAUAUUCUGAAACUAUUUAGGUACAUUAACUAAAGAGUACUCUAGACCUUUCUUUACUAAGUCCAACUUAUGAACUAACUAAUUUAUUAUUUCUCAUACAACUACUAGCCCAAUAAGUUAACUUCUAAUGGACCCAACAAUUGGGAUAAGCCAAGUUUAAUUUCUAACAAGGACUCCACGACUGAAGUGCCUCACGCAGCUCGGGGGAGUCACCGCCUCACCGCCUAUCCGCCACGGUCUCACGACCCUCUGCCCCUUACUGCCUCGGACCUUGGUAAUCGAUAAACAUAUACUACUAUGAUUUUGUAAUGAACCGAGACAAGCCUGAGCUGGAAGGGAACAUGUCAGAUUUAAUUAAAACAAAGCACGUGACAAGAGGUGAGGAAAAUGUGAGCAGGAGAAAGAGUCACAGAAACAAAACAACCAACACAAGGCUGAAGGACUACGUGUGGCAGAGCCAUAAAAGCUAAUCUGUUAAAGGAGAGAGACUACGUAAAUUCUGAUUGAAAGUUCUCCUCUCUCUUUUGGGUUCUUUUCUUUCUUUUCGUAAUUUCCAUAAUAACCAACUGUUACUGCUCAUGAAUCGUUGAUGCUUGGUCUCUACUAUUGUGUUCUGUAUUUCCGUCGUUACAUUGGUGCUUUCAUUGCUUCAUGGCGGAAGGUACCCGCCUCAAGGAGAUUGAUUCACGCUUAAAGGAGUUAUUGACGGAGAUCAGACGGUCAAGGACUUACCUUGCGAUGAUUGUCAACUGUCUGAUUCGGUUUCAGCAACCGAUCGAAAUCUCAACAAAUUAUUGGAAGCGCUGGAAAUUUGACAGAGGGACAAUGAAGAACGGUUUCACUCCAUGGAAUCGAUAAUAGACACAUUGGCUAAAAAUUGUUCAGAUCUGAACCCUGGUUCUUCUGGAGGAUCACGAACGCCAUUUCAGUUUAGGAACGUAAAAUUGGAUUUCCCUCGUUUUGAUGGUUCCGAAGUGUUACAAUGGAUUUUUAAAGCCGAGCAGUUCUUCUCUUAUUACAAUAUUCCUGAUGAUCAACGUUUAAUUAUUGGUGCUGUUCAUAUGGAAAUGGACGUGGUUCCAUGGUUUCAAAUGAUGAGUAAAUCUAAUUCUUUCCAUUCAUGGAUUGAAUUCACCAGAGGACUGGAAUUGGAAUUUGGCCCUUCUCCCUAUGAAUGUCCUAGAUCAAAUCUGUUCAAACUGACUCACGACACUUCAGUUCAUGACUAUUACUUGAAAUUUACUGCUCUAGCUAAUCGAGUGCAAGGUGUGACCACAGAGGCUUUAUUAGACUAUUUUGUGGGGGGUUUAAAGGAGGAUAUUCAUAGAGAAGUUAUCGCUUAAGCACCAAUAACGUUACUCGGAUGUGUUUCAUUGGCUAAAUGAUUUGAGGAGAAGUAUACCUCUAAGAUCAAACCUUACCAAUCCAUUAUUCUUCCAAACCGUCAAACAAUCAGUCAUCUCAAUCCCUUAAAUCCACGUCUUUACCUCCACUACUUCCAAAUCCACCAUUCAACAAUAGUUCGGUCACUCUCAAUCACAAACCCACGACCAUGAAGAAGAUAUCUGCAGCAGAAAUGCAACUUCUACGAGAAAAAGGGUUGUGUUUUACUUGUGAAGAGAAAUUUACCCCUGCACAUCGUUGUCCUAAUAGACAGUAUUUACUAUUACAGGUGGAUGAAGAGGAUACUGCUAUGGAAAACAACAAGGGGUUUGAUGACAUAUCUGAUAAGCAACCGGUUAUCGAUGUUGAACCACACCUCUCCUUUAAUGCUCUCAAAGGGUCAACAGGUCUGGGCACGAUGCGCUUCCAAGGUACAAUUAACGGAUUACCGAUUCAGAUGUUGUUAGACAGUGGCAAUUCUGAUAAUUUCCUACAACCUCGAAUUGCUAAAUGUUUAAAGUUAACCAUUGAGUCUACUGAAAAUUUUAACGUCAUGGUGGGCAAUGGAUCAACACUGACUGUCGAAGGGUGUGUCAAGGAGUUGCUAGUGAAGGUUCAGGGGCAUCCUCUGGUAUUACCACUAUACUUGUUAUCUGUUAGUGGGGCAGACUUGGUUUUGGGAGCAGCUUGGCUUUCAACAUUAGGUUCUCAUAUUGCUGAAAUUCAUCAGUUAAAAAGACUACAUAAAACCCAGGCAAUAGCUGAAAUUCAUUUCUUAUAUUUCCAGGCCGAUAGUUCUGACAAGUCAGGGUCGGAAUUACCUUCUCAUAUGCCACCGGAUUUGGCAGCCUUACUUACAAAAUAUCAACAAGUAUUUGAUGUCCCUAAAAGAUUACCUCCACCCAGAUAUCUUAUGCAUUCUAUUCCAUUGGUUCAUGGUGCAAAUCCUGUUAAGGUUUAACCGUACAGAUACCCUUUUAGUCAAAAGCAGCAGAUUGAGAAAAUGGUUCAAGAAAUGUUGCAAGAAGGCAUCAUUGUUCCCAACACAAGUCCUUUUACUUCUCCGGUAAUCUUAGUAAGGAAAAGGAUGGCACAUGGAGAUUCUGUACAGAUUACAGAGCUUUGAAUGCUAUUAUAGUAAAGGAUAUAGUAUUCACAUACCCACGGUGGACAAAUUAAUUGAUGAACUGUUUGGAGCUCAAUAUUUUUCUAAGUUCCAUCUUCGGUCGGGUUAUCAUCAAAUAUUGACGCGGGCAGAGGACACCUAUAAAAUGGCUUUUCGAACUCAUCAGGGUUUAUAUGAGUGGCUGGUUAUGCCAUUUGGUCUCACAAAUGCUCCUGCUACCUUCCAAAGUUUUAUGAACGAUGUAUUUCGCAAGGUUUUACGCAAGUGCGUUCUGGUAUUUUUUGACGAUAUUUUAGUCUACAGUCCAUCAUGGGAAUCUCACCUAGAGUACUUAGAGUUGGUUUUGAAAUUAUUGCACGAGCACCAGCUUUAUGCCAAACUCUCAAAGUGUUGUUUUGGUAAAAAACAAAUGGAGUAUUUGGGUCAUACAGUUUCUGCUGAGGGAAUAGCAAUGGAAACCAGUAAGGUACAGGCAGUCCUAGAUUGGCCUGUUCCCGACAACUUAAAACAACUCCGUGGAUUCCUGGGAUUAACGGUGUAUUAUCGCAGAUUCAUUAAGGGGUAUGCUUCUUUAGCUGGGCCCUUAACGGAAUUGUUGAAGAAAGACAUCUUUGCUUGGAACGAGGCCGCUACAAGGGCAUUUGAGCUUCUCAAAAGAGCCAUUACUAGUGCACCGAUAUUGAGGCUACCUAAUUUCUCGUUACCUUUCACACUGGAAACGGAUGCUUCAGGAAGUGGGAUUGGGGCUGUCUUGAGCCAAAAAUAACAUCCCAUCACAUAUUUUUCCAAAAAAAUGACUACCAAAAUGCAACAACAGUCUGCUUAUGCCCGAAAGUUUUAUGCGAUAACUGAAGCCAUUGCUAAGUUUCGACAUUAUCUUUAGGCCACAAGUUUGUGAUCCGUACAGAUCAAAAGAGCUUAAGGAGUUUGACCGACCAAACCUUACAAACCCCAGAGCAACAAAAGCGGUUGCAUAAACUACUCGGCUAUGACUUCACUAUAGAAUAUAAACCUGGAUGAGACAACGUGGCUGCAAAUUCUCUGUCUAGGUCUUAUUAUAUGACUCUAUCUCAACCUAUUCCAGUGAUAAUAUCUUCAUUACAGAAAGCCCAACAGGAAGAUUCUAAGCUGCAAAAGAUUACUCAAGAGUGACCUAACAAUCAAUCUAGUUAUCCCCACUAUGAGAUGGUGGAUAAUAUACUACUUUGGAAGGGCAGAUUGGUAGUACCCCACGGACAUGGCCUGAUUCAUAACUUAUUAUAGGAAUUCCAUUCAUCUCCAAUUGGUGGUCAUGCGGGUUUUAAAAGGACAUUAGCGAGGGUGACGGCUCAAUUUGUUUGGCAAGGCAUGUAAAAAGACAUACAACAAUUUGUUAGGCAAUGUUUGGUGUGCCAACAGGCUAAGACAACAACGAUGUUACCUUCCGGAUUGUUACAGCCAUUGCCUAUUCUGAAUCAGAUUUGGGAAGACGUGGCUAUAGAUUUUAUUAUAGGGUUACCCUUGUCUCAUGGAUUCAUAAUAAUCUUCGUGGUGAUAGAUAGGCUCUCUAAAUAUGCACAUUUCACACCACUCAAAACGGAUUACAAUAGUAAAACGGUAGCUGAAGCAUUUAUGAAAGUGGUUGUCAAAUUGCAUGGAUUACCUAAGACCUUUGUAUCUGACAGAGACAAGGUCUUCACUAGCCAAUUUUGGAAACAUCUCGGGCAGAUGAGUGGAACUACGCUAAGUAUGUCAACCGCCUAUCACCCACAAUCAGAUGAACAAUCCGAAGUUUUGAAUAAGUCUAUGGAACUAUACCUACGGUGUUUCACCUGUGAUUCUCCCAAGGAAUGGACUUUUUACCAUGGGCUGAAUACUGGUAUAAUACAGCUUAUCAUACUAGUGCCGAAUACACUCCAUUCAAGAUAGUCUAUGGCAGGGAUCCACCACAAUUGUUAAGGUAUGUACCUACUGACAGGGAUCCAAUAGACGUGAAAGAGCAGUCGAUAGCUCAGGAUGCAAUGAUUGAGAAGCUCAAGGUUAAUUUGUAGAGAGCUCAACAAUUGCAGAAGAAAUAUGCAGAUCAGAAGAGGUUAGAUGUAAUACCCGAGAUUAACUUAAGAGGAUUAAUAGUACUACUCAUACCAACAGAGGUGCAUCUCCUUUUAAGGGAGCUCAUCAACCAAGAACUCCAAAGUUAAGCGUGCUUGCACGGGAGUAGUCUUGGGAUGGGUGACCUCCUGGGAAGUUUCUCAGGGCGCGUAUGAGUGAGGACAAAGUGUGCGGUAAAGGCUCGUGGUGUUUUGUGGGGACAGUACUAGAGGUCAGAAGUAACUACCUCGGGGCCUGCGGGACCGGGGUGUUACAUUAGAUGUGGAAUUUGAGACCGGAGAACAAGUUUUAGUUAAACUUCAGCCAUACCGUCAACACUCCUUAGCUCUCAAGAAGAACCAAAAAUUGGGGCUAAGGUAAUUUGGGCCCUUUCAGAUCAUUGACAAGGUUGGUAGAGUGGCUUACAAACUCUUACUACCACCUGAUACAAGAAUCCACCCCGUGUUCCAUGUGUCUCAACUAAAGCGUUGUCAUGCCAACCAUCACCAUUCAUAUGUCCCAUUACCCAUUGCUAGUUUGGGCGACGAGCCACUGAUACAACCUAGACAAGUGUUGCAGACUCGAGUUAUUCAACGGGGAAAUCAACAGCAGGUUCAGUAUCUGGUGCAGUGGGAAGGUAUGCCCACAGAACAAUCUACCUGGGAAGAUCGUUCAAUGAUGACAAAAUCUUAUCCUAAUUUCAACCUUGAGGACAAUGUUAUUCUUAAUGGGGGAGGCAAUGUAAUGAACCGAGACAAGCCUGAGCUGGAAGGCAACAUGUCAGAUUUAAUUAAAACAAAGCACGUGACACGAGGUGAGGAAAACAUGAGCAGGAGAAAGAGUUACAGAAACAAAACAACCAACACAAGGCUGAAGGACUACGUGUGGCAGAGCUAUAAAAGCUAAUCUAUUAAAGGAGAGAGACUAGGGAAAUUCUGAUUGAAAGUUCUCCUCUCUCUUCUGGGUUCUUUUCUUUCUUUCCGUAAUUUCCUAAAUAAAAUAGCUACUAUGAUGAACUCUAUAACUGGAAUAUUUGCUAUUGUUGCUUGCUUGUAAUAACCAACUGUUACUGCUCGUGAAUUGUUGAUGCUUGGUCUCUAUUAUUGUGUUCUGUAUUUCCG